GAGGCCCAGCGCCACCUCCGGUCGACCCAUGGAAGCUUAUAUGCACAGCGGCUCACCUCCUGUGGUGCCCAUUGCCCUCGCCUUAUAACCCAGUCGUCUGGCUGCUCUACAUCCCAGGGACAACCCUUGAAGCCAUUCUCGCGAUGUUCUGGGUAAUCGCGCCGUUCUUGACGUUCUCUGCUUUUCUGCUACUACUCCUCGUCUCGCUCUCGGUGCCCAUCAUCCACAGCAUCUAUCUCUUUCGCCUCUCAGCGCACGCCGCGACCAGCUUGCUCGACGCCGCUGCUUCUGGUGUCGUGCGCUUUGGAGUGUGGGGGUAUUGCAUCUCAACAAUUGACCUCUCCAUCGUCGGUCUGAACGAUGACAGUGCCGGCUCCUGUUCACAUCCCAAACUCGGUUACACCUUUGACAGCAACGUACAAGCGGCGCUGAACGCCAGCGGAGUCAACGUGAAGUCCAUCAACAAGGCUCUAACUGCGGCCUUAGUCCUCCACCCAAUCGCAUGUGGCUUUAGCUUCCUAACCUUGCUCGCGUCGUUAUUCAUUGUCCGCUGGCGCACGGGCCUCUCGCGCGGGGCGUCAUUCCUCACCCUUGGCGUCGGCUUGUUUACCGCCCUUCUCACGACUGUUGUCUUCCUCGUUGACGUGAUCUUUGUGGCCAUCGUCAAAUCUGACAUCAAGAAAGACACGGACGGCUCGGUGACAGGCGCAUGGGGAAAUGCUGUGUGGAUGGUCCUCGGCGCGACUGUCGCGCUUUGGGCAGCCCUCGUGGGCGUGUGCGUCGGGCUAUUCAGGGGAAGACGCAAGCCGCGAGGCACCCGCUACUAGACGAUUGCACGCUUGCGAUAAGUCAAGCAAAUCCACCAUAGACCAUAAAUGACGACAGACCCGAGAUAAUCUUUGAUCGGCGCAUCGCGCCUAGCUUGUAACGAUCACAUGCACCAGACACCUACCCUCCUGCUACAUCACAUAUUUUUGGACAUGGACCACCCCUUGUUUGUGAUAGACUUAGUGUUUUUUUUUUUGUUUCUGAUAGUUCCGACGUGCAUGCGAACCGGACUUCUGCGCGUCACCUCCAUCGCCCGAACGUGGAGUGUACCAUACGUAUCGUGUUUUCCGUAUCAUGUACUUUUGCC